GUUUCUCAAAGCAGCCGAGAUACGCCGAGGCUCUCAUUGCAGAGGGAUCCGUGUUCCCCAAGAGCGCCUAACGCCGCAAAGCUUAGGGCGCGGGCGGCGCCCCGCGUUCUUCAGCCGCUUGCGAGGGGGAGUUUCCAGGAAGUGGCCAUAUUGGAUUCAUUCACUUGCAUCAAUCCAGAGAGGAGAGCAGGUUCUUUCAAGACGGAUCGAGGGCCAUAGACCUGCCGGAGGAUCCCCUCGUCCUUUGCUCCCUGGAUCUCUCCAGCCAUGGCCGCCACGGACCUAGAGCGCUUUUCUAACGAGGAGAAACGGAAUCUUUCUCUGGGGGGCCAUGUUGGAUUUGACAGUCUUCCUGACCAGCUUGUCAGCAAAUCUGUGGGACAAGGCUUCAGCUUCAACAUCCUCUGUGUGGGUGAGACUGGAAUUGGGAAAUCUACGCUGAUGAAUACUCUUUUUAAUACUACGUUCGAGACUGAGGAAGCCAGUCACUAUGAGAACAUGGUCCGCCUACGGCCACGGACUUAUGACCUGCAGGAAAGCAAUGUCCAGCUGAAGCUGACAAUUGUGGAUGCUGUGGGGUUUGGAGAUCAGAUAAAUAAAGACGAGAGGCCGAUAGUUGAUUAUAUUGACACGCAGUUUGAAAACUACUUACAAGAAGAGCUAAAAAUACGGCGUUCUCUCUUCAAUUAUCAUGAUACGAGAAUCCAUGUCUGCCUUUACUUUAUCACUCCAACGGGGCACUCACUUAAGUCCUUGGAUUUGGUAACCAUGAAAAAAUUGGAUAGUAAGGUGAACAUUAUCCCUAUAAUUGCCAAAGCUGACACCAUUUCCAAGAGCGAGUUGCACAAGUUUAAGAUCAAGAUAAUGAGUGAGCUGGUCAGCAAUGGAGUCCAGAUCUAUCAGUUCCCCACGGAUGAUGAAGCUGUAGCUGAGAUUAACUCAGUGAUGAACGCUCACCUGCCAUUUGCUGUUGUGGGAAGUACAGAAGAGGCAAAAGUUGGAAACAAAAUGGUGAGAGCUCGCCAGUAUCCAUGGGGUGUGGUACAAGUUGAGAAUGAAAGCCAUUGUGACUUUGUGAAACUGCGAGAAAUGCUGAUCCGUGUCAACAUGGAAGAUCUUCGGGAACAAACUCAUACCCGCCACUAUGAGCUGUACAGGCGGUGUAAGCUGGAAGAAAUGGGAUUCAAAGAUACUGAUCCUGACAACCAUCCNNCUAGCCUUCAAGAAACAUAUGAGGCAAAAAGAAAAGAGUUCCUCUGUGAAUUGCAGAGAAAAGAAGAAGAAAUGAGGCAGAUGUUUGUGAACAAGGUCAAGGAGACUGAGUCUGAACUGAAAGAAAAGGAAAGGGAACUGCAUGAGAAGUUUGAACAUCUAAAAAGGAUACAUCAGGAAGAAAAGAGGAAGGUGGAGGAGAAGAGAAGAGAGCUGGAGGAAGAGAUGAAUGCCUUCAACAGGAGAAAGGUAGCAGUCGAAACGCUGCAGUGUCAGUCUUUGCAGGCCACUUCACAGCAGCCGCUGAAGAAGGACAAAGACAAGAAAAACUUCUUUAGUCUUCCCAGUUCGUGCUCCAUAACAUCAGGAAGAUAUGUACAUUAGAAGAUUUAUUAAGGCCAAAACAACUCAUGCAGAAGAAAUUUAAUUGGUGCUUCCACUUUUUUAUGUUUUGCAUUGUGUUGCACAGAAGAGAUGAUAAGCAGCAUCUGAUUUUGGACACCUUUGCCUGACCAGGUUUCUUGAUUAAUUAGAACUCUGGUAGUUCAACUACCCAGCAUUUUAAUUCAGGCUAAAUGCAUGGCAUGCACUAAAACCAAAGUACUGAUCUUACUUUAUAUGGAAAGAACCCUAAUACAAGUUUCCCAAUGGCAGACUGAAUGCACUUGUGUUCACACUUUUAUGUGUUCAAUACAGAACUGAUAUUUUCAAACUCACUGCUUUACUCUGCCAUUGUAAA